AUGGCGUGGCGACGAGUUUUCCCAGCAUGGCAUCGCAUGCCGGCCCUCGUCUCACAAAGCCGAUUGCUGCAACCCAGCAGGCUUCGUCUCAGACCCUGCCCAUCUUUGCGCUGCAGCGGCACUAUCUCGGGAUUGCCGCGCGUGAGAGCAGUCUUCGAGGAAAACUUGGCUGACAGCGUUCUCAUGGUCGAGCCCACUGGCUUUUGCUCCAAUGAUGAGACAAUGCAGGACAACAAGUUUAUGAAAAGCAUGGAUACCCCGACGACCGUGGAAGAGCUGAGGGCCGCGGCGAUGGCUGAGUGGCAGAAUCUCGUAGAGUUACUCAGAGAAGCCGGCGUGGAAGUCCUCACCGCGGAGGCUCAGGGGCUUCCAGACGAGGUCUUUCCCAACAACUGGUUCUCCACGCACGGCGAUGGACGCUUGGUGAUUUAUCCGAUGAAGGUUCCCUCUCGCGCUGCCGAAAUCCGGGAGGACAUCAUCAACUCGGUUCGUGAGAAGUUCGACCUGGCCGAGCCGAUUUACGAUCUCAGCGGCUGGGCCAAGUCAGGCGUAGCCCUGGAAGGCACUGGGAGCCUGGUCUUAGACCGUCAGAACCGCACCGCCUACCUCGCGACCUCGAAGCGGGCUGACAAGAACUUGGCUGAGAUAUGGGCCAAGGAGAUGGGCUACGAACUGGUCAGCUUCACGUCCAAAGAUCGGCACGGCGAGGAAAUCUACCACACCAAUGUCCUUAUGUCUGUCAAUGUGAACUUUGCCGUGCUUUGUCCAGAAGCGAUUCCGGACAAGACUGAGCUCGACGCAGUGUAUACUGCGCUCAGACGGAGCUUGAAGGUUGUCAUCCCCGUGACGAUGGAGCAGCUCGAGAGCUUUGCGUGCAACUGCCUUCAGCUCCGCGGCUCUCAAGGGACAGUCCUUGCCAUUUCCAAGGCCGGCUGGGAGGCCUUCGAUGACACGCAACGCAGCGUGCUCGAGUCCUGCGUGGACCAGGUGGUAGCCGCCCCGGUGCCCGUUUUGGAGAGGCUUGGCGGCGGAUCUGUGAGAUGCAUGGUCUCCGAGCUGUUCAAGCGCCGUGGUGAGAAGCCGGCGGAGGCUGACGAGGUGAAGCUUCGCGAUCUGAACCGCCUGGAAAGUGAGCACUCUCGCCUUGAGCUCGUCAUCGUGCACGAGCCGGGUCUUGAGGUGGAUGCUGUCAUGCCCUGGACUUUGGACACUAUGAAAGUUGACGAGUGCUUCAACCGUGUGGACCUGAAGGCUCAGCAUCGAACCUUCACGACUCUGCUGCAGUCGCGUGGUGCGCAGGUCGUCCACGUGCGAGACCUCCUCGUCGAGGUCAGCCACCAAGGCGAAGAAAUCCGCCGGGAUCUCUUUGAGUCCGUCUGGGGGAAGGAUUUCGUUUCCCAGCACAACCUGGCAAACCUGCAGAUCGAUCAGCUCAUUACUGGCCUUUCCCGGGACUCGCUCCAGUUUGAGCAGCCGCCGUUAAUGAAUCUCUUCUUCAUGCGCGAUCCGAUCUUUUGCGUGCCAGGAGGUUGGGCGGUGAUAGCUAGACCUUUCUAUGCCAUCCGCCAGCGGGAGGCACAACUCCUUCGGGCGAUCUUCCGACUGCAUCCCAGCCUCCAGGGCGUCAAAGUCUUCGAGGACCUGGCCGAUGACCCGGAGGGGCCAGGGACUUCGGGAUCGGGCUACAGUGGUUCUUCGGACACGGAGUACUCAGAGUACAGUGUGUGCUUCGACUCCAGCUCCAGUGAUGCCGCUCUACCAGACUGGGAUGAGGCUUGUGACCGUGCAAGGCGAGACCCUGUGAUCUCCCAGAGACUGAACCGUGCACAGCGAAACUAUGUUUCUGGCUGGGGAAACUCGAUGUUGUGCCGCACCGGAAUGCUGGGAAGGGUGAAAAAAUUCCUCAACUACGACUUCCCGGUGAUGUCCGAUUGCUCUGGAGCCGAAGGCGGCAUUCUUGCUCUGCAAGCGCUGGGGAUCAAGGUAGACCACAUCAGCUCCUCCGAGAUUAACUGCAUUGCAACGGACUUCCUCGCUCACAACUUCCGCCCGCGUGUGUUCUACCCGGAUGUUUGCAACCGGAAGUUGCAGCUUGAGAACUACCGAAGCGGUGCCCUCAUCGCCGGCUUCCCCUGCCAACCGUUCAGUGUGCUUCGGAGAGACAGCGAUCUCCUCGACGAAGAGGCUGCAAAGCCCUUCUUCGCCAUCGUCAAGACCAUCGGCGAGCUUCGGGUGCCCAUCUAUAUCCUUGAGAAUGUGAGGGGGAUCAAAAGAUGCCUCGGGGCAGUGAACGAAGAGUUGCACAAGCUCAGAGACUACUAUCAUGCCAUCAUGGAGAUUGACGCCAAAGAGAUAGGAGAUGUGGUGAGCCGACCCCGGCUGUAUUUCAUCGGCGUUCUGAGGAGCGUGGCAGCCCCUGAAAUCUCCUCGAAUGCGAAGCUGCAGAAUGCCGUGAACUCCAUCCUCACAAAGGCUAAGAGGAACUGCACCCCGCCGACGCCCUGGCAUAAACUCCUAUUGGACGACUCCGAUGCGGUCCAGGAGCCGCCGAUCAAGAGAAGGAGGCAAACCCAAUUGGAUCUGCGCUAUGAGAAGCUCGGCCUUGCAUUUGAUUAG